AUGGAAAACACGUCGCAGCUCCAUGUUGAUUACUUCACAAUAGAAGCUACGGAGAUAGAUGGGACAGGUUUAGAAACGGGAACAGAAACUCACAGUGACAUACCUUUCCAUCAUCGAGCUAUUGUUGCAUCAGUCUUGAUUGGAUUGACAUUGAUCGGUCUGUUCGGUAAUACCCUCGUCAUCAUCGCCGUCGUCGUCACCAAGAAACUUCGUACGAUCACUAACAUACUGUUGGUCAAUCUGGCUUUCGCUGAUUUAGUAACGUGUCUCUGCAUUCCAUUCCAGGUGGUGGGUCUUCUAAGUCAAGCAGAAGGAUAUCCUCUACGUGAUUUUGUCUGCGCAACGGUUGCAGGGGUCUUCAUCACUUGUAUUUGCUGUAGCUCCUCGACUCUAGCCCUCAUCUCCAUCGUGCGCUGGUAUGUCAUCACGAAGUUCGUCCGUGGUCAACGGGGCUUCCACUCUCCAAAGAAAAUCGCUACAUUAGUGGUGAUCAUCUGGAUAGUGUCUGUGGCGUUGAUGGUCGUACCUCCUGUUCUGGGAAUCGGGACACUUGGCUAUUCUCAAUACUACAGCCUAUGUUGUACAACAGACACAAACCCGCUUGACUAUUAUUAUGUCACUAUACAAGGAACUGUAGUUGCCGUUAACUUGACGUUAACCAUAAUGUUUUACAUUCUUAUCUGGCUCCAUGUUUUGCAACACAAUAAACACUUUCGAGACAAGUAUGACAUCAAGGAAGAGAACAGUUCACAUGCAGCACAGAGCAAGGAUUCAUCUGUAUCUCGAGAAUCGUGUCCACCCAUGAUCCAAUCUAUUAAGCGAAAGGAAAUCCAGAUCACUAAGAAUCUCUUUAUGGUCGUAUGUGUCUUUGUGUUCUGUUUCCUAGCAACCAGUAUAUAUCUACUCAUCCCCGGCACUAGCGUGUUCACAUUCUACAGUAUCAUGUUAUUAUCGGCAAAUAGCGUAGUCAAUCCGAUCAUCUACGGACUCAAGCAUCCUAACUUCCAAGAGGUCUUCCAGAGGACCUUUCGCUGCGUCUGGGUCUACGCCCCUUGGACCAUCGUCAGGGGCUCUAAGACGGCCCCUGGACCCGAUCAAAGACAACCCAUUGUUCUAUAG